CAUCAAAUGCACGUACCAGGAAGUAUCUUGACUACAACAAACGGGACUGCAGCUGUAUAAGCUUGUCAAGAGCCUAGUGUAAAGCUUUCCACUAAAAGACAAUAAUAUAAAAUCCCAACAAUUAAAUAUUAAUAUUACACAACUACACUAAAACCGGAGGCGUGAUAAAAACGGCGAAAAGGAUUGACUCCUAUUCAUCUUUACCAAAGACUGUAACAUUUGGGGUUAAAUGUCUUCUGCAUGUCCACCCCAAUCACCAGCAGUGGCUAAAUCUGAAGUAGCAAUAGAUGGAGAAUGCCCGCUGCUGGCUGCCACAUUUGCUUAUUGGGACAAUAUCCUCGGUCCACGCGUCCAUCACAUUUGGGCCCCAAAAGGUGAUCAUCUGAUGCUGCUCAGCGAUGGAGAUGUGACCUUCUUGGCCAAUCACACGUUAAAUGGAGAGAUUUUGCGCAGUGCAGAGUGUGGCGCAGUAGACGUUAAGUUUUUUGUCCUGGCAGAGAAGGGCGUCAUCAUUGUGUCACUCAUCUUUGAUGGUGAGCUCAAGGGGGACAAGAACACGUGUGCCUUGUCCAUUAUUCUUCCACAAACGGAGCUAGCCUUCUACCUGCCUUUGCACACCGUCUGCGUUGAGAGACUAAAGCAUGCUAUCAGAAAGGGACGCAUUUGGAUGCAAAAGGGUUACAACAUCAUUGCAGUGCUAAGCUUGGAAAUUGUUCCUAUUAUGGAGCUGCUCGCCUCUAUGAAGACACACAGUGUGCCUGAAGACAUAGAUAUAAAAGACACCGUACUAAAUGAUGAUGACAUUGGGGACAGCUGCCAUGAAGAUUUCCUUCACAAGGCCAUCAGCUCUCACCUACAGACUUGUGGUUGUUCAAUCGUUGUUGGAAGCAAUCCAGAGAAAGUAAACAAGAUUGUGCGAACACUCUGCCUCUUUCUUACUGCUGCUGAGAAGAAAUGUUCUCGCCUUUGCAAGGCAGACUCAUCUUACAAAUAUGACACAGGCCUCUUUGUUCAGGGUCUACUAAAGGACUCUACUGGUAGCUUUGUACUCCCGUUCCGCCAGGUACUUUACUCACCUUACCCAACCACACACAUCGACGUAGACAUCAACACAGUCAAGCAGAUGCCGCCGUGUCAUGAGCAUACUUACAACCAACGUGCCUAUAUGCGGUCUGAGCUGAAUACACUUUGGAAGACUGACAGCGAAGAAGACAUACCUCCUGACACUAUCAUCCCCACUGAUGACACUUUCACACCUGACUUGAAUAUAUUUCAAGAUGUAAUGCAUACAGAUACGUUGGUGAAAUCAUUUAUAGAUGAGGUGUUCAUGCUAAAACCUGGCCUUUCCCUGCGGAGUGCCUAUUUGGCCCAGUUCUUGUUGCUGCUUCACAGGAAGGCCCUCACACUGCUGAAGUACAUUGAAGAUGAAACUCAAAAGGGGAAGAAGCCUUUCAGGUCCCUACGGAAUUUAAAGACUGACCUUGAUCUGACGGUAGAAGGAGACCUGAACAUUGUCAUGGCCUUUGCUGAAAAGUUGAGAGCAGGACUUCACUCAUUUGUGUUUGGAAAGCCAUUCUACACAAGCAUGCAAGAAAGAGAUGUUCUCAUGAACUUUUGAUUCUGGAUGUUUUUUUUUAAAUAUAGUUUUUGGAAAACAUGCUGGGUUUCUUUUCAAACCUGCAAUUUUCAUUCAACUAUUGUCCCAUCUUCUGCACAAUCAAUCAGUUCAAAUAAAUACUGCUUCUUUGAGCUGUUGUAUUUUAUUUCCCUAAUCUGUUUUAAUCAUGUGUUUUGAGAAGAUAAGUGUUCUAUAUGCUAAGGAUAACAUAGGUUUUAGAUUAUGGUGUUAAAAUAAUCUGUCUGGUAGGAUGGUGCAUGCUUCAAAAUGCAAUUUAUUAAAAGUAUCUGAUAUUACCUAUGUGAAGCAAAUGUCAUUGUACUGUGAAGAAUAGUUUUUCUUUUAAACGAUCAAUGAUUUUUUUUUUUGCUAAAUGUGAAUGUUACAAAUCCAUUUACAGUAUUAAAAUAUUUUGUUUAACGCUAAAGCCUGGUGAUUUAAUAGAGAUGAAGGCAUAAAUCUUUACUGAUGGAACUGGUCACAAUUACUUGACGAAGCUUUACUGGUUUGCAAUAAUCUCAUUUAUUCAAUUCAGCAUGAUGUGUUUUUGCCUUGAAUUUUCUUGUUCUCAUAAAUUAAUCAACUUUUUGAUGGAUAAACUAGUCUGGCAUAUUUAAUUUGCGUGCUGUAAAUUAGCCUCACAAAU